GGAAAACACUUAGAUCCUCCACGCCCGCUACACGAACAGCACACGUCUUCCCUGGUGGCCUUGAACAGCGCGUCCCUUAUCGCGAGUGAUCAGGAAAACCAACGACGACGUCCUGGACGACGAUCCAAGAGUUGUAGAGUCGCGAACAAGAGACUGAUACUGUCACUCUUCCUCAAUCUCCCUCGGUGACUCGGACAAUCCCACAUACCUCUGGCGCUUCCAUAUCUAGAAUCGACCAUAUGGCCUCUGCGACAAUCACCACAAACCCUCAACCCCUUGCGAACACUUCACAUUCUCGUCAAAAUCACUUAAACCGUCCACGUUCCUUCUCGUCUGCCAGCGUCGGAUACGAAGACCAAGAUUCGGCGUCUACUCGACCGAACCCACAGAUGUCUUUCAGUAUGAGCCAGGGCUCGCAGGGCAGCGGGCUCAUGAUGCAGCAAGGAAACUCUUUUCGACAGUAUGAUGGGAGUAAUGGUGUCAAUCGCAGAAACUCUGCGCCCCAGAUCUACUCUGCCAUAUAUUCAGGGGUAGAUGUGUACGAAAUGGAAGUCAAUGGAAUAGCAGUAAUGCGCCGGCGAAAAGACAGCUGGUUGAAUGCGACACAAAUCUUGAAAGUUGCCGGCAUUGAAAAGGGCAAGCGUACCAAGGUCCUUGAGAAAGAGAUAUUGAUAGGAGAACAUGAGAAGGUCCAAGGUGGAUAUGGCAAAUAUCAAGGCACUUGGAUCAAAUUCGAACGAGGUCUCGAAUUUUGCAGGCAGUAUGGUGUUGAAGAGCUCCUUCGGCCAUUGUUAACCUAUGACAUGGGUCAAGAUGGAGGCAUUGCAGGACGUGGUGGGAUUGAUACCCCUACAAAAGAGCAAGCUAUGGCCGCUCAACGAAAGCGACUUUACAAUGCUGGUGCAGACGGCAGAAAUGGAGGCCAAUCCGGAACGUUCUUCAAGAAUAUUUCAAGCACUGCCUCUCACGCAGUUGCUGCUAUCAGCAAGGCACGCUUUGAUUCUCCAGUUCCACGCAUCAGGAACGGCAAUGUGAGUCGGCCAGCUAGUUUUAGCAGACAGUCUUCUUCACAACAACAUAUUGGGUCCCAAGAGUCUACUUUCCCUGGUGGCUCUCAACAAAGCUUUGCUUCCGUGGACAGCUUUACUAUUGGUGGCCAAGAUUCAGCAUACGCGACCCAGUUUUCCCACACAGCAAGAGAGGAGAUGCGCAAUGGCGACUUCGAAGAACCACCAAGAAAGAGGAUCAGAGCAUCGCCGAGUAUGGAUGACACGCAUAUCCUGAAUGGCAACUACUAUGGCAUGUCGAUGCGCGAAGCCUCACCCACGGAGCCCAACGACUCCUUUGUUUACCAGUCCCAGUAUGCACAUGGCAUUAUCAUCCCCCUCCCACCUCUUCCAAUACCUGCAGGUCUGAAUGGUUCUGAAAAGAGAGAACUCCUAAUGACAUUGUUCACCAAUGAGCACCAAACAGACUUCAGUAAGCACAAGGCGUUUGUCAAUUUGACAGCAGAAGAGCUAGAUACACCCAUUGAUGCGAGCUGCAACACUGCUUUGAUAUGGGCUGCAACUCUUGGGCGACGUCACUUACUCAAGGCAUUGAUUGGGCGUGGUGCUAGCAUGUUCCGAGUGAAUUCUUCUGGGGAGACUGCUCUGAUGCGCUCAUGUUUGGUAACAAACAAUCUUGAACUCGGCAGCUUCCCCGAAAUUCUGGAACUUCUUGGCCCCAGUAUUGAGAUUCGGGAUACACGUGGAAGAACUGUUCUUCAUCAUAUUGCUGUCACGUCUGCUGUCAAAGGACGCAGUCAAGCGAGCAAGUACCAUCUCGAAACACUUCUUGAAUUUGUUGUUCGGCAAGGAAGUCAACCAAACAGUCAACAGUCUUUCAACAACGGCCCUCCAGCUUUGAAAACACUCGGCAUUGGUCGUUUCAUGUCUGAAGUUGUCAAUAUCCAAGACAGAUCUGGCGACACAGCUCUCAAUAUCGCCGCACGAAUUGGCAACAGGAGUAUCAUUUCACAACUUCUCGAAGUUGGCGCAGACGCUUCCAUCGCAAAUCGAUCAAAUCUCAGUCCAAUGGAUUUCGGCGUAGGUGAUCCAACAGAGUUCGAUGGCCGCACUGGUGAGGAGCGCGCUUUAAACAAAGGAGUUGGUACAGAUGCCAAAGAGAGCAGUUCAGAGAUCAUCACGUCUAUCACGACACUCCUCACUGAGACUGAAAAUGAGUUCACCAAAGAGAUGGAGAAGAAGCAAAACGUUAUCGACGAUCUUCACUCUCAACUUCGUGCUGCUUCGGGAGAUCUUGGUGAGCAAAGACGUCGUCUUGAGGGCUAUCAAGCAGAAGCCAAUGAGCGUGAUAUCUGCAAACUCAAAACCGCCAACCUCAUGAGGGCAUAUGAAGAAGAGCGUUCACGCCUGUCUCAAAUGCAAGGACAAUACGGUCAAAUGAACGGCGAAAUUGAGCUUCAACUGGGAGACGCAGACAAAGGCUAUGCAGUUCCUGAACAAGCUGCCAACAUCCUCUCCAGGAUCAACCCUCAUCCUCAUCAGCCGCUCGUCAUCAGCCAACCAGAACGUCAAGCUCUAGCUUCCUCUCUACCUCCAGUUCACGUCCUGCGCGCAAGACUCAACGCCUACAAAGCCAAUAACCAAGCCCUCGAAGAAAGUGUCCGCGACCUCCAAAGCAAGAGCUCUGAGCUAGCAGGCAAAUACCGCCAAGUCAUCAGCCUUUGUACCGGCGUCGAGGAAUCCAUUGUCGACAGCGUUCUCGAGAAUCUUCUACGCGCUGUAGACAGUGAGCAAGAUGAUGUCGAGCUUACACGCGUUCGAGAAUUCUUGCAACGUGUUGAAGGUGCUUAAUUGUGUUUGUUCGUUGGUCUCAUUUGCAUUUGCAUGGCGUUUGUGCAUAAGCUCUAGGGUUUCGAGCGUACAUAACGAUACGAAUGACUUGCAUGGAAUGGAGGAGUGUAAAAAACAUGCGGGUUAGGAUAUACGUGUGUGUGGUUUGCGCUCAAGAUUCAGCAGCAUCUGUGUGUAGUAGUCAACAAUACCAUGGAUCAG